AUUUUUGUUGUUGACACGUAGCGCUGCUUUCAAUCAAGACCGAUUCUGAGAGCGGUCGUGUUUUUUUUUAUAGAUAAUUGUUUCCUCAACUGUCCCGGAAUGACUCCCAAAUUGAAGAUCUCGGAAUGUGUGCUGCAGCGCAUCACCAAGGUCACAUCCCAAUGCAGUGGCGAACUGUUCGGGAUCAUGUGCCGCGGCACGCUGACCGUGCUGGGGUUCAUCCUCGAAGGCAAGGAAAAGUCCAGCACGCUCAACUACAGCCAGAUCCAGAACAACUUCCCGACCGAGAUCGACCUGUGCGGGCUGAUCAAGUUUGGGCCGUGCAGUGACGCCGAGGCCCACCUGAGCGAGAUCCUCCAGGACGUGGACAUUACGGACAAUCCGGUGCUGCUGAACUGUGACGCGGAUGGGGAGAUCACGGCGUCGCUGUUCAAGCACGGUCAGCUGGAGGGAAUAAGCUACGAGGUCGUCAGUGAGACGGAUUUGUUCCGGGAGUACAUGCUGCUGAGGUUGCGGUGUAGUUUGGAGCUGUACUGCGAGCAGAACGAAAAGUCCGUGGCGGAGAAUGCUUUUACGUUGAGGAAGCGACUGGCGGCGGGGAAUGUGGCUUUUGCUGUUGCUGGGAGCAAAGUUAUUUUGAGUGGCGGAUCGAGUGGAAGUCAGGUGGUUGGACUGGGGGCGGAAGAUUCCAUGGAGACGCUGCUGGGACUGAGCGCGAAGGUGGAGGACGACGGGUUCGGAUCAACGGGAAAGGGUGGAAAGAAGAAGGGAGCGGCAGGUGGUAACGUGGUUCCGACGGAGUACCAGGUGGUCAAUAUCAACAUGUUGGUGAAGAAGUCGAAGGAUGCACAGGACGAGAAGUUGACGCGGGAAGCGUGCAACGUGACGAUCGAUAGCAAGAAUGGUUGCAAUCGCGUAAAGAUUCCACUGCAGCUGGACGUGCUCAGUAUGAUUCACCGGGAAACCAAGGUGGUCCUUUGCUACGACAUUCUGGUUGAAAGCGUGUGCCGUUCGUUGCGUCUUCUGGAAAGCAGCUUCGUGGAACAGCUCGGUCAGUACAAGAAGGUACACGUUUCCAAGUGCUACCACAUGAUGCCGGAAAGUCUGGGUCACUUUUUGACGUGCGUUUACCCCGCGGGAAAUGACGUGAAGGAAGAAGACGAGUUUCUGCUGGAGAAACGACGUUCGCUGCACCUCCAGUUUGGUCUGCCGACAAUCCGACCGUACUUCCGGAAAGCCAACGGGUUCAGAUUCAGGGAAACCGAUAGCAAACUGCUGUUCAACCCUCACGUAGGAGUCAAGCGACAAUUGACGGAAGGCAAACUAUCGCUGGUACAGGGACGGUACAGCUACCACCACUACAUGCAGGACGGAUUCAAUGACGACGGGUGGGGUUGUGCGUACCGGUCCCUCCAGACGCUCAUCUCGUGGUUCAUCUACCAGGGUUACGCGGACGUUCGCAUCCCGACCCACACGGAAAUUCAAAAGUAUCUGGUCCGCGUUGGAGACAAACCCGCCAACUUUGCCGGUUCACGCCAGUGGAUCGGAUCGACGGAAGUCUCAAUGUGCCUGAACGAGUUUGUCAAGGUGGACUCGCGGAUAAUGCACGUCAGUUCGGGCGCGGACAUGGCCACCAAGGGAUCGGAGCUGGCGUACCACUUUGAGACCCAGGGAACGCCGGUCAUGAUCGGUGGAGGGGUGCUUGCGCACACCAUUUUGGGGGUGGAUUUCGACAGGAAUACUGGGGAUUUGAAAUUUUUGAUUCUGGAUCCGCACUUUACGGGGGCGGACGAGCUGGGCACGGUGCUGGCGAAGGGUUGGUGCGGUUGGAAGGGCGUAGACUUUUGGAACAAGACAGCGUACUAUAACUUGUGCAUGCCGCAGCGACCGUACGUGUUUUAGACGAAACAACGAACGAUUGACGAUUGUUUGGAUGAUGAAAUAUAUUUUUGUUUUUUGA